AUGAGGGGGGAAAAACUCAAACCUAUACCCGAAGGUAUAAAACAUUAAUUCUGUUUGUCUCCUGCUCCGGGAACCUGGGUGCAGCUGGAUGCUUUGUGAAACUUUAAAAAUGUUGCAUCUCUGCUUCUCUCCUUGCACAGGGGCCCUGGGAGGCGCCGAGUGCCUGGAGCUCCAGCACCCAGCCAGCGCCCCAGCUGCUGCUGACCACGAUGUCGGAAAAACCGAAGGUGUACCAAGGUGUCCGGGUCAAGAUCACAGUGAAGGAGCUGCUGCAGCAGAGAAGGGCGCACCAGGCGGCCUCAGGGGGAACCAAAAAAGAAUCUGGCUUACCUUAGAGCAGAAGGCACCAAAGUUCAUGGAAAUGGGAAAUGUUCAUGGGAAAAUGUCUUCACUUUCUCCUGAGAGCACUGAGUCCAUGGUCAUGUUCUUGCUUUGGCAGCUGCCCGGAGGCAACGGCGUCCACCUUUCAGACCCAGCCCCACCAUCUUCUGCAGGGCUGUAUUUGGAAUCUGAACCGGUUUCUUCCACAUCCAAUUCCUUUCAACCCCGAGAAUUUUCCAGUUGUGUUUCUUGUGAAGAAAAUACAAGCUGCAUCGACCAGGUGUUUGAGUCCUACCUUCAGACAGAGACACACCUGGACCCCUUGCUCAAUUCCACGCAGAGCACGUCACCCUAUUUCCCUGACAGCUUCCAAGCUGCCCCUUUCUGCUUUAACCAGAGCCUGACCCCAGGAUCGUCUUCGGAUUCCUCCGCUCUGUCUGGUUCCUUAGACUACAGUUACUCGCUGGCUCAGCUACCUGCGUGCGCUCCGGAAAAUUACAAUUCUCCCCCUUCUCUGGACCCCAGAAACUGUGGCAAUCCCUCAGAAGAGUACUCCUACUCGCACUUGCCCUCGUACACUCAGUACGACUGCUUCCCCUCCGCCGGCCCCUCGGUCUGCUACUGCACAUCCUGUGAGGCAGAGCACGUGGACACCCUCAGAGUGGCGGAGUGCUUUUCCUACCCCAGCACAGACUAUGUGAACUUGGCCCCCUCAGCAGCUGUGGCCAGCGAGUUCUAUAAAAGGGGAACAAACUGGGACAUCUGCUAUAGUUAAUAGCAAUUGCAUUACCUUGCAACACGGUGUGAGUAUCUGGGUUCCUUCCGCCACACCAAAUGACAACUCGAAACAUGCAGCCUGUUAACAAAGUAUCACAAAGCCCCGUUCCCGUGUCACAUUUCCAAUGUUCUGAUGCUCGCUUAGGCAUUAGUACGAAGUCGUCAGAUCUGGUCAUCGUGCCACUCCUACUUUGUAUGCUUACGGUUAAAAUUGUCGUAGGGAGUGUUCAGUUUUCCUUUUCUAUGUAACGAACAAAUUCUAAUUUUUUUAACUAAUAA